CCAAUCAUUACAGUCGAAAAGCAGGAAGCCGUCUUCACGUAAAAAGAAAGAAGAAGACGAAAUCAACAAUAACAAAACAGCAGCCCUUCACAGCAUAGAACUUUGUUUUCGUAAACGACGUGUUUGCUAAUCCAACAGUCAUCUGAAAUGAGAGGAGGCUCAUCGUACGGUGACAGGGACCGUGACCGGGGUCGCGAUAGGGGAAGUCCCCGUUUCGGGUCGAGCAGGGGUGGUAAGUUUGGGAACCCCGGAGAGCGUUUACGCAAAAAGAAAUGGGACCUGGACCAACUUCCUAAGUUCGAGAAGAACUUUUACAAAGAGCACCCAGAUGUGCAGCGCAUUAGCCAGUAUGACCUAGAGGAGUUUCGCAGGAAAAAGGAGAUCACCAUCCGAGGUUCAGGCUGCCCCAAGCCUGUCACCAGCUUCUCUCAGGCCCACUUCCCACAGUACGUAAUGGACGUGCUGAUGCAGCAGAACUUCAAGGAGCCCACAGCCAUCCAGGCCCAGGGCUUCCCUCUGGCGCUGAGUGGCAGGGACAUGGUGGGCAUCGCCCAGACCGGCUCAGGGAAAACCCUGUCGUAUCUCCUGCCGGCCCUUGUCCACAUCAGCCACCAGCCCUACCUGGAGAGAGGACAGGGACCCAUCUGCCUGGUCCUGGCCCCCACCAGAGAGCUUGCCCAGCAGGUACAGCAGGUUGCCCAUGACUACGGAAGGUCGUCUCGCAUCAAGAGCACCUGUGUGUAUGGAGGCGCCCCCAAGGGGCCCCAGAUCAGAGACCUGGAGAGAGGUGUGGAGAUCUGCAUCGCCACGCCUGGGCGUCUCAUCGACUUCCUGGAGGCAGGGAAGACCAACCUGCGGCGCUGCACCUUCCUGGUCCUGGACGAGGCUGACAGGAUGCUGGAUGGCUUUGAGCCCCAGAUCCGCAAGAUCGUCGACCAGAUCAGGCCUGACCGUCAGACCCUGAUGUGGAGCGCUACCUGGCCCAAGGAGGUCCGCCAGCUGGCAGAGGACUUCCUGCGGGACUAUGUCCAGAUCAACGUGGGCGCCCUGGAGCUCAGCGCCAACCACAACAUCCUGCAGAUAGUGGACGUGUGCAUGGAGAACGAGAAGGACAACAAACUGCUCCAGCUGAUGGAGGAGAUCAUGGCUGAGAAGGAGAACAAGACCAUCAUCUUUGUGGAGACCAAGAAGCGCUGUGAUGACCUGACCCGCAGGAUGAGACGGGAUGGGUGGCCAGCUAUGUGUAUCCAUGGUGACAAGAGCCAGCCUGAGAGAGACUGGGUGCUGACUGAGUUCCGGAGUGGCAAGGCUCCCAUCCUCAUCGCUACUGACGUGGCCUCGCGUGGUCUAGACGUGGAGGACGUGAAGUUUGUCAUCAACUAUGACUACCCCAACUCCUCUGAGGACUACAUCCACCGCAUCGGGCGCACGGCGCGCAGCACUAACAAGGGCACGGCCUACACCUUCUUCACCCCGGGGAACCUGCGGCAGGCACGCCAGCUCCUCCGUGUCCUGGAGGAGGCACGGCAGGCCAUCAACCCCAAGCUGCUGCAGCUAGUCGACACCGGCCGUGGGGGAGGGAGCGGAGGAGGCAGCAGGUCCCGUUUCCGUGGCGUCAGCUCCAGCUCCAACAACCCCAACCUGAUGUACCAGGAUGAGUGUGAUCGGCGCAUGAAGAGCGUUGGGGGAAGUGGCAGUGGCAAAGACAGCAGGGGGGACAGCAGGGGGGACAGCAGGGGGGACAGCAGGGGGGACAGCAGGGGCAGUCGCGAUGCAGACCGCUCCUCCUCCUCUUACCGUGAGCGCAGCUCCAGAGAUGGGCGUGGCAGCUACAGCUCCUCCUCCACUUCAGGCUCCUCCUCCUCCUAUGAGCCGUACCAGAGCAGCAGCACUCAGUACAGCUCCUCCAGGGGGGGGUCUGGCUCUGGGGGCCAGGCCCCUCCCCCGCCCGGCCCCCAGCCCCUCAUGGCCCAGCAGUUCACCCCUGCCCAGCCCAUGAUGGGGCUCAUGGGACACGCCCCCUUUCAGUUUGCCCCCCCGCCCCCUGCUCCAGGACGGAAGUAGAGAUUCACACACACACCGCCUCACACACACACACCGCCUCACACACACACCGCCACACACACCCCCCGCCUCACACACACACUGCCACACACACACCCCGCCACACACACGCACACUUACGUGAAAACACGUAAAACUGCAACAGGUAACAAAUAAAUUCAAAUUUGUGAAAUAGCGCGUCCAAUCAGCUGACACUGCGUUUAUUUAGGGGACCACACACCGCCUUUUUUACUGAACAAAUCUUACCUACUGUACCUUUAAGAUAAACCUGUUCAUUUACACAUACACAGCUCACAUGUCUAUAGUCUCCAUAUCUACCAGACAUGCCUGUCUUGAGGCAGGAGUCAUUGACACUUCUUUAUCUUGGCAAUUAACACCUAUUCUGAGUUUCUGCGUUUCUCUUUUGCUUAGAAGUUAUACAAAUCUUUGUGAUUAGCUACUUUUGGUGUCUGUCUUGUAUGUAAUAUUUCUGAAAUUAGGAAUAGGUCUCAUGUUAUUGUGUAAAAAACGAUCAGAUGUGAACCAGUCUGUUAUUAGGAAGCUUCUAGUUGCUUUGCUACAUUGAGUCUUGUGAAUCUCUGGGAUGUUUUGAAGGUAGGUCCAGCAGUUACUUUGUGAUUCUUGUGCUUCAGCUUUUGUUCCCCGGCUUCUAGUGCUCCUCUUUACUUUUCUGGUUUUCACAUCUGGAAAAAGUCCACAAAAGUAAUCAGUCCUAAUGGGUUGUUACAAUUGGCAGUAAAAAAAAAUGUUGGGUAGCUUUUUUGUGUUUGUCACAUUUGUACUCGUAAUAUUUUGUUUAGCAUUUUUUAGAACCCACGUAAUGAAGUAACUUCAUCCAAACCCAUAUGUGGUUUAAGACUUUUUGUCACGCCUUUGAAGGUAUGAUUUUGUGAAGUUGAUCUGUAGACGAUAUAAACAUAACAUGAUCUGCUCUCACACGUACGUGUUUUACAUGUCACCUUUUAUUUGUGUCAACGUUUCUAAUCUUGUUGGUCCCGGUCUUGUUUUGUAUGGCUGAGGUGUUUAAACCUGCUAUAACCUCCACUAGGCUCACUUUCUUACAUUUUCCUUUUUUUUUUCAGGUUUGAAUACAUUUUCAACAACCCUUUUGAA